AGAAAAAAAAAAAAAGUCCGUCACAUUAACUCAGGAAAAAAAGCCCGAUUUUUUUUCUUUCUUCGAGUGAAACAAGUCAGAGAGAAAAGGACCCGGGCUGUCUUCCGCGGACUCUGCAUCGGAUCCUCGCAGGCUGGAAUCGAAGCGAAAAAUCGAAGGCAGCCACAAGCAUCUGAAUCUGUUCCAUGGCUUCAAGACGAGGACACAUCAGAUAUCUGAAGGUGUGUGAGGUUCAAACCGCUCAGGGAGACAGCAGAGACGGUCAGCAUACUGCCAAAGGAGGUGCCUGCAACAAGUCGGAGAUGUUCGAUAAUGGAUUCAGCGAGCAAAUGGUGGCAGAGGGUCCGGAUAACAGAACCAACCUGAUUGUGAAUUACUUGCCGCAGAGUAUGAGCCAGGAUGAACUGCGCAGCCUGUUCAGUAGCGUGGGAGAAGUAGAGUCUGCCAAGCUCAUUCGCGACAAAGUGGCAGGCCACAGUUUAGGUUACGGCUUUGUUAACUUUGUUAACCCUAAUGAUGCAGAGAGGGCUAUCAGUACCCUCAAUGGCCUGAGGCUACAGUCUAAAACUCUCAAGGUUUCUUAUGCCCGGCCAAGCUCAGACAUGAUUAAAGAUGCUAAUCUGUACAUCAGUGGGCUGCCUAGGACACUGAGCCAGCAGGAGCUGGAGGACAUGUUCUCCCGCUUCGGACGCAUCAUCAACUCCAGAGUGCUGGUGGACCAGGGUUCUGGUCUGUCGAGAGGUGUGGCUUUCAUCCGAUAUGACAAGAGGGCGGAGGCUGAGGAUGCAAUCCAACAACUUAACGGACACACGCUGCCUGGAACUUCAGAACCAAUCACAGUCAAGUUUGCUGUCAACCCGAAUCAGACCAGGAACUCCCAAGUGAUGUCUCAGGGGCACCAUGGCCACUCACGGCGCUUCGGUGGACCCGUCCACCACCCGCAGCAGAGGUUCAGGUUCUCUCCGAUGAGUGUUGAUCACAUGGGCGGUGGUGGCACAGUCUCUGGGAGCGCAUCUGCUGGUUGGUGCAUCUUCAUCUACAACCUGGGUCAGGAUGUUGACGAGGGCUUCUUGUGGCAGAUGUUUGGGCCAUUUGGCGCCGUGGUCAACGUCAAGGUGAUCCGAGACUUCAACACCAACAAGUGCAAAGGUUUCGGCUUCGUUACUAUGAGCAACUACGAAGAGGCGGCCAUGGCCAUCCACAGCCUGAACGGAUACCGGCUGGGAGACAAAGUCCUGCAGGUGUCCUUCAAGACCAGCAAGGGUUACAAGUAGAGCCGGCGCAAGUACUUCCUGUUUGAAGGAUAAAACGGCCUCACCUAUUCCCCCUCACUUACUGUAGCUCGCACCUGAGCUGCCGUUUCCUCAAGCUGCAGUUGGAUUUUUGUUUUUUCCCAGCAUGCCCUCUGACGUCAGGUGGCGUGACAUCACUGCAGUUGUUGUUCACUUGUCCAUGUACAUAAAGUGAAGUCCUGAAAAUGUGGACAUGGCCAAUAGCCUGACCAGCUACACAUAAAAUCAAACCAGUUGACUGCUGAGCAAAUUUAACCCCCCCCCCCCCCCCCCCCCCCAAACAUUUUUCUGUUUCUUAGAAACAUUUUGUUUUAUAUUUGAUAUUUUAGAAUCAUUAAGAAAUAAUGUUUUGGUAACUUUUAGCGCUGUCGAUGUCCUUUGAUCUCUGAUUCUGGACUGUUGGCCUUUAAAUGUAGUUUCUGCAGAUUCUAAAUAAGCUGUGAUUGACAGCACAGCGAGCCAAUGAACAGAGCCAGGGGGUGGAGAAUGGGGGAGCCACCUAUUUUCCCAUAAUUACAUGUUGGUUGUUCUGACUGUAAACCUCAAGUAUCUGGUCAGGUUAAAGCCAAGUGCAUGCUGGGUAACAGGAGCGGUGCAAAUCCACAUUAAUGUCGUGUGAGAACUUUUUUCUUUUCCUUUUUAUUGUCGUCUUUCUGCGGCAGCUUCUUUGUGAAUUCGGCCUGUUUGACUGUAGAAUAAAUGUCAGUUGGAAAAA